AUGAAACUGCCGGUCGGGAGAGACAACGCGGAAAAUGAAGGCGCAAAUGCAAUUUUCGCGAACGGUGAUGGGUGUUCGCUUGUUUUGCUUAUGGGAGAAAACAGGGAUAGGAAGGAUUCCCAAAAAAAGGAGUACACCGGUAAAACGGGGUACAUGGCAAGGAAUUUCCCCGGUAAAAAGGAGUACACAGUAGAAAAUGUGUACCCCGUUGAAAACGCGUACACCGGGUGCAAAGCCAACCACGGGGAGGCCCAUAAAAACGAUGAAAACCUGGUAGAGUGUGCAAAAUCCAAGAAGAACGAAGAGAGAGUAAUCACAGGAAUGAUCAAGAUCCUUGAGGAAAUGAAAGAAAGUGAUGAUACAUCUGAUGCUGUAGAUCCUGGGAUCAACCCAGAUGGUCAUCAGGAAAGUACUGAGUGCGCUACGCAGGUGCAAAAUGAAGAGGAUGUCAAACGGAGUACGUGCCCACGUAGAGACGACGCAAAAUUGCAUGUAGGGUUGGAUUAUUCCACUUUCUACAUUGAUACACCAUAUAAAAUUAUUAAGUGCAUGAAUAAAGGUAGCCAUUUUCUUUUUUGGAGUAAUGACACACUGUGUGGUCAAAGUGACCAAGUGACAAAAGAGUUUAAAAUGAAUGAAAUGAAAAAAAAUAACAGCGAGGAGUUAAGAAACAGUAGGUUCAUUUUUUUUGAUAGGGAGAAAAAACUACUCGUGCUAAAGUAUAACAUCAGGAGUAACAGUUUUAAUUACGUAAGUGAAAGCGACCCUAUAUAUGUGUACUUUCAUCAAUUACAUGAAAAAAAAUUUUUAGAUGAUAAUAUUAUUAAAGAAAAAAAAAACUGGAUAUUAAUUUACCCGUACACAUAUAUGAAAAUAUGGGAAAGCUUAACUUGUUACAUUAACGAGGAGGUAAUAAAUAAAAUUGAACCAGUUAAUAAAACCUUUUGUUCCUCCUUAUUGGAAGAAGAACAUGAAGAAGAAAAAAAAAAAAAAAAAAAAAAAAAGGGGGGGGGUACAGAUUUGCUUAGGGAAGAAGAGAUGAAUCUGUGCAAUCAGCCCUACAUGUUUUAUUCCGUGAUUCCAAAGUACCCCUCCAGUAAGACUUACCCAAAGGAGGGGAUAGUCAGCGGUGCUAGUCGGCAUAAGAAGGAAGACAAUGUAGGGGUGAAUACUACAGAGGUUGACGGAGCAGGCGGCAUCAAUAUGGAGGGUGAGGAUGUAGCAUGUUCGGAUUUAUCGGUCGCUGACCAUGAGGUUAACCCCGAUGAGCCGCCUAACGACCAUUUGGAAAGCGCGAAUGAGAGCUACUUCGAACGCAUCGAUGUAGAUGCUAAACAUAAGAAGUAUGUGCCGUCCGACUUAACCAUCAUCCAUCUGGAGAAGUAUUGGAUUCUGAAGGAGAUAAUUCAGCAAGAAUAUACUUAUGUGUAUUAUGAGAAUGAGAAGAAGGAAGGCUUUCACAAGUUUGAAAAUAAGCUUUUUUACAUUUUGGGAGAAUUUCAGUUUGCUUAUAUUCUCUUCCAUUUAGGUUUUAACUACCAGUCCUUCGUUCAGUGGCGGAAGCUGUUUGAGCUCCUUUCCAAUUCGCAGCACUUGGUGACCAACUUUGCAGACUUUUUCGAAGAAGCCUUAAGAGUCAUUUCCAUCCACCUAAGCUACCUCAGUGAUGACUUUUUUGACAACACUGAAAACAGUUUUAUUCUUUUUGGAGUUUACAACAUAUACGAAAUAGUUAGUAGCGUGGGUGAGGUGCAGGAGGGCAUAACCAACGUGAUGAAUUCCAUAGACUCUAUAAUUUACGCAAAGCUGGGGUUACAUUUGCCCGACCUCUCCUUUGUGUAUGAAGAGUUCCAGCCCACGUACGUAGAUGAAGUUUAG